AUGGCGGACUUACCACCUGACCGAGUUACAUUUGGACCUCCAUUCAGUUCAGUAGGGGUCGAUGUAUUUGGGCCGUGGCCAGUAGUGGCACGACGAACUAGAGGGGGCCUUUCCCACAGCAAAAGAUGGGCUGUGCUUUUUACUUGUAUGAAAACAAGAGCAAUACACAUCGAGAUCAUUGAGGAGAUGAGCAGCUCAUCAUUUAUUAAUGCCUUACGCCGAUUCAUCUCUAUUCGUGGACCUUUGAAGGAAAUCCGUUCCGAUAGAGGAACCAACUUCUUAGGAGCCCUUGAUGACAUAAAGGCUGAAGCUGUCUACACUGAAAAGGGACCUAUUCACAAUUAUCUUCUUGAGAAUAGGAUAACUUGGACUUUCAACCCCCCACAUGCGUCACACCAGGGCGGAACCUGGGAAAGGAUGAUUGGAGUGUCACGAAAAAUACUGAACUCAAUGUUACUAAAUGCGAACACAAAACAACUCACUCAUGAAGUCUUGUGCACAUUUAUGUGCGAAGUUUGUGCCAUUGUAAAUUCAAGACCCAUUUGCCCAAUAUCAUCUGAUCCAGAAAAUCCACAGAUUAUCAGCCCUUCGAUGUUACUUACUCAGAAGGAAUUUCCUGAUAUUCAUCCUGUUAGCUCAUCUGACAUGAAGGAAAUAUACAGGAAACAGUGA